UCCUAUAUGACUAAUUAGCAGAGGUGCGCGUGCUUCAGUUGAGAGUAGCGUCAUGUGAGCCUGAGAGAGAAGCAGCUUCACGUCUGUUUGUUUGUUUAUCGAAGAAGUGACUGUGAAAUAUAUCUUCAGUGAUUUAUGAAGCUGAGGGAUGUUUAUGUGGUUGUUUUGAUCCCUCUGAGGUGUUUUAUUUCUGGAAGGUUGAGCGAGCACGUGAAGGGAAAUGGACGAUGGAAGUAAACAACCACACACAUUUGGGGGUGGACAGCAGCAGAGAAACCACCACCCCAGACCUUUCUUCUACGUCCAGCCUCCAUCUCAACCUUACUACCUCUACCACCAGUGGCAGAUGAACAACCCGUACAAUCACUUUGGUUUACCUGGAGGUUUUAACAUGAACCGUGCCUGCAUGCCCCAGUACCAGUACAUGCAGUACCCUGGGUUUGUUUACCCUCAUGCUCCUUUAUACCCCAUGGAUUACAGGCGCAUGUUUGAACCUCGCUUCCACGCUCCUCCUACCUGGAAUGACGUUCCCCAUCAUCAUCAGCAGCAUCUGCAUCAGCAGCAGCAUCAGCCCCAUCACCUGCAGCCUCAGGGCCGGCGAGAAAUGGCGUGCUCAGAGGUUCAAACCGACCCCAGCGACGCCAUCUCCAAACUCAUCGAAUGCCUGGAUAAAAUCCGAGCCAGCGAGCUGCAGGGCGCGGAGAGGGAGCUGGACUCGGGUGUCGCCUCGCAGUCCUCCGGGAUGUUUUCUCCUCCAGAAGAGAAGAAGAGUGAAGAGCAGGGUCACAGGCUUCCUUCAGCAGCUGGUGUGAGCCAUUUGGAGUCCCCAGCAGUGACUUUCAGUGACUCUACAACAGCUGUGUACGACGGAGAGUCCAGCCAGAGGAGCUUAGAAGGCCUGAGCCCUCAUGGAUGCUGGUCUGGAGGUUUGGAGGAGCCUCUUGAUAGCUCGUCUGUUCACGAGGAGAGUCCUGAUCGGGAGCAGGCUGCAGCAGCAGAGAAGCACUUCCUCGCUCUGGAGAGAGAAGCGGUCACAGAUAUCCAGCCAGAUAUCUCCACGACCGAUCCAAGUGCUUUGACUUACUGCACCGAAGACAUCCAGAGGCCCAAAGUGGAUUCAAACCUGCCUUCCAAACUAUUGGUGCAUUCUCCUGCUUCUUCAAAAGCUGCAAAAAUCUGCAACAAAUCCUCAAAGACAGAUCCCAAGAAAGCAGAGUCAAGCUUCCAGAUCCUCAAGCUGCCGUUUGAGAGCGUUCUGACGUCCGGAGAAGCUGCAGCCGGUCGCCUCCCCUCCCCUGCUGCCCCCUACCACUACAACUACCUCGCCGUGCACAGCACACACGAGCGUAUGAGCGUCCUCAGCCCCUCUCUGGACGAGCUCUCCUCCAGAGAUGAGAUGUUCUCCACGGAUCUGGAUGACGCAGAGCUCUUCCCCAAACACGUGUACGCAGGCAGGAGGCUCGCAGAGGUCGUCAGCGGGUCCCCAUGUGCUGCCGAAGACACAGAAGAAGUGUGGCUGCAGGGUUCAAAGAGGUCCAUGUGCACCUGUUGUGGGGAAAGUUUAGCCAAAGGGGCGAGCAGGAGCAAAGUGCACGGUGCGAAGAUGUACAGGGAUGAAGCUGGAGACUCUGAGGAGGAGGGCAGGUACGGGAGAGGGUGCGAGCAGCCGCUCAGAGUCGUGGUGAGGAAGCAUUCGGCACCCAGGAAGACUCAGUCUGUCCCGCUGAGACACGCCGCAAAACCAUGGUACAAAAGAGGCCAGUACAAAGAUCCAUCAGACCCCAUCGACCAGGAGGAAGAACACGACGUGUGCAAGCAGGAGGCAGCUGACGCAGAGGUCGUAGAGAUGACUGUGAGUGAACUGCAGUGCAGAACAUGUCAGGACAGACUCUGCAGAGAUGACCUGAGCACGUCAAGCCCAGGCAGGAGAGGAGACAGUGACGGGAUUCCCAGGAGGAGACAAGCAACCCCGCUGCAGCGGCAAGAGAUGAGCACUCAGAGGAAAGUGAUGUACCACAGGCCACGAGACGAGGACGACGACGAGCCGCCUCCUGCACACUGGGAGAGAGGCUCCACCAUGAGAGGAGAACCAAGAUGUUGAAGUCCCAGGAUUGACUUAUGAGAAUAGUGUGUUGAACUGUCCCCCUAAAGGUGUAAUUGUUCUGGGAUAAUGUGUUAAAGUAUUUAGAGCACCAGGUGAAAUGCACUGCACAGAAAAAAACUCUUUAAGUUCAGAUAAAAGUAAAAAAAAAUAUGUAUAAAGUUCCUGCAGUGACUCUGCACCGUGCACUAUCCAUGAGUUUUGAUUUCACGAAGAGAAAAAUGGUCUAAAAGGUUGUUGAAGACGAGGGUGAGCCACUGUGUGGGGCCAGUCCAAUAAAAUGUCAUGAUUUAA